AUGAGAUAUACAUUUGUUAUCCUCAGCGUUGUGCUCUUUGCUGCUUUGGCUGCUGCCACCCCACGUCCAACCGUCAUCUGGCACGGUAUGGGUGAUACCUGUUGCUACCCAUUCUCAAUGGGAUACAUCAAGAAGGUUAUUGAGGACCAGAUCCCAGGUAUCUACGUCAAGUCAUUGAUGAUUGGCAAGGAUAUCCCAGAUGAUGAGUACAACUCAUUCUUUUUGCCAGUGAACCAGCAGGUCGAUGAGGUCUGCCAGCAGAUCAAGAACGACCCAGAGCUCGCCAACGGUUUCAACGCCAUUGGUUUCUCCCAGGGAGGCCAGUUCCACCGUGCCUACGUCCAGCGCUGCAACGACCCACCCGUCUACAACUUGGUCUCUGUCGGAGGUCAACACCAGGGUGUCUACGGAAUGCCACGUUGCUCUGCCACCAACCAAACUCUCUGCAACCUCGCCCGUGAGAUGCUCGAGCUCGGUGUCUACACCGAUGAGGUUCAGGACCGUCUCGUCCAGGCUCAAUACUGGCAAGACCCAUUGGAUGAGGCUGAGUACUUGGCCAAGUCCCAAUUCCUUGCUGACAUCAACAAUGCCAGAUCAUCAAAGAAUGAGACCUACAAGAAGAACUUCAUCUCUUUGAACCACUUUGUCAUGGUCAAGUUCCUCAACGACACUAUGGUCAUUCCAAGAGAGUCUGAGUGGUUCGGAUGGUACGCUCCAGGCCAAGCUAGAGAUCUGAUCCCAAUGGAGGAGACCCAGCUCUACACCGAGGACUGGAUCGGUCUCCAGUACCUCAACAACGAGGGACGUGUCACCAAGAUUGGUUGUGAGGGUAACCAUCUCCAGUUCACCGAGCCAUGGUUCAUCCAGAACUUGAUUCCAUACUUGAACAACACUUUGUAA